AUGUCUUUUGUUAGGUUACCAGGUGAAGAUAUGCAUAACUUCAUUAAUAUGCUAACUGGAGAGGAGCGCCUUGAAUUAGAAAAUAUAUAUUCAGAAAUGAAUAAAAGUUAUCCUGAAAGGAUAUAUGAACUGAUUUUUAGUAUUUAUCCUCAAUUUAGGCUUCUCUUUUUAGUAUGCUUAUUUCAAAGAAUCUUAAUUUCAUAUGGUAAGAAAGUACUUUUAGAUAUAAUUUAUUUUUAG